AUGUCGCAGCACGACGACGCAGCUUCCCAGCACUCGACCGAGGCGUCGCUCAAGGAAAGGCGGCCGUCUCUUACCGACUCCGAUGUUGAUGAUACGGCCACUGAGCAGGACACCUUCGAAGACGCCGUCGACGCCGCAUCUGUGCGAUCCUUGACCAAGAGAUCCAUUCGAUCUGUUUCUGCUACAAAGUCUCAACCUCCCCCGCCAGAGCGGGAUGCCUCUGAAUCUGAGGCUGGGAGCGACGAGGAGGAAGAAGUAGAAUCAGCCAAGGAAGAGGAAAAGCCAGAGCCUCCUUCACGUGGCUCAACUCCAUUGUCACACCGCGUCUCCAAUAUCUCCAACACAUCAAAUCUCGACGUUGUUAACUUGGAUGACGAUGAUGCUUCCCCACAGAACAAAGAGCCCAAAAGCCCUUCCGAGAAGGGCCAACUAAGCAGAACAACUUCUCUAACCAACAACAAUGUCACGACUCCAGCCCCCUCAUCGCCGGUGAAGAGUAUAGCGUCUGCCGUCGUAACCACUGCUGCCGCUGCCGCCAGCCCUGCCCCUGUACCAGUUGGCAGGAAACUCACCAGCCCCUUCUCCUGGCUAUCCAGGAAUUCUAGUAAAGACAAAGAUGUCAGUGCGGCACCGGCAACUCAGACAUCAGCGAGAAGAAACACCACUAGCUCCGUCGCUACAAACGGUAGCAACUCUGAAAUGAUGCUGAGCAAGCUCGAAGAAGAACGUGAGGGCGAUGGUAAAGCUACAAACCGGAAUAGUCUCAAAGAUCGAUUCAAGGUGCUUCGGCUGCAACAGGAAAAUGGCGCCCCGCUCACCGUGAACACUGAUGACAUUCCAAAAGAGAGCGGAGAUGGAGAGACAAUUGCAGUAGUGGACUUGCCACCCAAGUCCCCUCUGCCCCCUCCAAGCGCAAGCUUGGCACCAGGAACGGCAUCCGGUAUCAAUGUUGGCCCGUCAGAGGUGGACCAGUCACAGGUUGAUUGGGAUCUUUGGCAAACCGUAGUCUACGAAGGCCCGGCUGCCGUUGCGCGAUCAAGUGCUGAGGACCUGAACAGGGCUAUUGCUACGGGCAUUCCCAGCGCCAUCCGUGGCGUCAUUUGGCAAGUGCUGGCACAGAGCAAGAAUGAAGAUUUAGAAGGGGUCUACAAAGAUCUAGUUACUAGGGGAACAGAGAAAGACAACCGAAAUCGACACAGCAGCAGCACGGCAGCAAGCAGCUUCAGCAACGCAAAUCUCAGUGUGCAGAGUGGUGAGGGCGUAGCAUCAUCCGCAUCGUCUGUCAAUUCUGAACUGUCAGGCGGCUCAGGACCAAAGGCGGACAAAAAGACGGAUAAGACUGCUGAGGCCAUCGCUAAGGCGCAAGCAGCAGCUGUGACAGAAAGGAUGCGCAAAGAGAAGGAAGAUGUUGAGGCUAUCCAGAGGUUGGAGAAAGUAAUUCGUCGUGACCUUGGCGCUCGCACCAGCUACUCCAAGUAUGCGGCUGCUGCAGGGCUUCAAGAGGGUCUUUUCGGGGUCUGCAAAGCUUAUGCUCUUUUCGAUGAAGGUGUGAGCUAUGCUCAGGGCAUGAAUUUCCUGAUCAUGCCACUGCUUUUCAAUAUGCCAGAGCAAGAAGCAUUCUGCUUGCUUGUCCGCCUGAUGAACCACUACGGCUUGCGAGAUCUCUUCAUUCACGACAUGCCUGGACUUCAUCGAAACCUGUAUCAGUUCGAGCGGCUACUGGAAGAUCUUGAACCUGCGCUGUAUUGCCACCUUCAUCGGCGAGGCAUAUCUCCUCAUCUCUAUGCCACACCUUGGUUCCUCACACUCUUUGCUUACCGCUUCCCUCUCCAACUUGUAUUAAGAAUCUACGAUUUGAUCCUCUCGGAGGGUCUAUCAGCCAUCAUUCGAUUCGGUAUUGUUCUGAUGCAAAAGAAUACCCAAACUUUGUUGGAGAUCUCCGAUAUGCAGCAGCUCACCACCUAUCUUAAAGAUAGGCUUUUUGAUGUAUACAUCGACAAAGACCCUAGCCAAGGCAGUCUUUUGGAGAAUGGCUUCUUUGGCAGCUCUAGCUCAGGCGCCGAUAAGGAGAUUUACAGAGCAGACCAGCUGGUGAGGGAUGCUUGCGAAAUCAAGCUCACUGCAGAGCUUCUCGAAGGAUAUACUGCGGAGUGGGAAGAAAAGACAAAGCUUGAGAAAGAACGAGACACAGAGCUCAAGGAUCUCCGAACUACUAGCCAGAGUCUUACAAUCAAAGUUCGAAAAUUGGAAGAGAGGGUUGAAGUCUGUGAUCGCGAGCAGGCUGACCUUGCCACAGAGCUUGUUCAUACAAAGGUUGAGAAUGACGAACUCAAGGACGAGAAUGACGCUCUCAAGAACCAAGUUCGGGAGCUCAAGAAUGUGCUUGAGAGGCAGCCGUUGGAGAUGGAAGAGACGUGGAAACUCGAGCGUGAUGAUUUGAUGAAGCGUAAUGAGAAGGUGCAUCUGGAGAACGAAAAAGUUGAAAAAGAGUUGGCCGAACUGGAAGAGGAGCUGGUGCAGACAAAGUUGCGAUAUGCAGAGAUAUCUUCUCAACACGACGCUCUGACUCGCAAGUGGGCUGACUUGAAGCGCCAGUUUGCUUAA